UUACUCGAGAUCCAUUGAGCCUGGAUCGUUAUUUGAUACCCGCUUUACAAGAAACUAAAUUUGUAACUAGAUACUUCCAACACAGUUUCUUCAGCAGAUUUAGAAGGGUAUUUUAAGGAAGAAAUGUUUAGUGCGUUACGGUGACCUGGGAUGCGGUAUAAAUAUAAACAUGAAUAAGUUUCUGCUUUGUGCUGUACUGACUUUUUACAUUGCGUUCACUGUGCAGUCUGGAGACUUCCAAGACAACUUAGUAAAUGGCUACCGAGCACUUAUCGCAGAUAUUCAGAUGCGAACACAAAAAUCGAGAGAAGAUAUGGAUACGCUGGUGUCGCAAAUAAAACUCCUCAUGAAAAACGAAGCCGACAAGGCGAUAAAUUACAUGACUGUUUAUUUGGAACAGAUAUCGUUGUAUUUUCAAGUUAUCAUCCACGAUCGGAAACCUCGGAACGGCACAUACUGUAAAGAAACUAUAGUGAAGCUGCUGGGAGAGAAUCUACAGCUCGCCGAUGAAAACGUCACUUUAUGCCUCGCUUUAGGUUACCAGCGAGUCCAGCGGUUACCAGAAAAACUACAAGUACAUUUUGAAACGUUAGAAAAUUUAAAGAAAUAUUCGGCAUCUAAACUAUUUGAGUGCCAGAAGCAACAGCAGGUUGGAGGCAACUGUUCCCAUGAAAGUCAAGAUCUGGAGCGGACUGUGUUCCUUUACGAAACAUCGCCAUUCCCAGUAGUAAUGGCAGAGAUUGGCAUACACGGCUUCAAAGAAGUGUCAGAUCUAAGCGUCUGCCUGAAAGACAUCAUCUCACGCAUGAUGACGCACUCUGUGAAGGUCAUCGGUGACUUUAACCGAUGUAUCCACAACAUUGAAAUGCCAAAAUUGAAGUACUUACUAAAAUUCAUGAAGAAAUAUGCUUAGAAAUAGGUUUUAGUUGUAAGAAUAUGAGUAGCAGUGGCCUAUAUCACAAUAGUGACAAGUGUCGCCCAACAGUGACACUUCACCGUUUAUUGCCUAUUCAACAAGGAAAUAAUGUUACUUACCAACCCAGAAAUAGACAUAUGAUUGUCAGUGUCAAUGUCACUAAUAGUCACUAUGGUGAAACAGCUCAAAGUAGUAAUUUCUGUAAUGUACAUUAUGAAUGAUGAUUGCCAUUUGAGCGCAAGCUUUUCAUGUAUUGUAUUUAUGUAAUCGAAUCUUUAUAACUAUAAGUAUGUACCUAAGCGACUGACAUGUAUAAAAGAAAAAAUAAGGAAUUGCUUAAAAGUCUAUAUAUGACGAGAGAUAAGUGUCCGUCCCUCAAUCUAUCAAAAGGGCAAGAGGUAAUUGAAUAUUUGUUGUGUACUAGUAUAAGACACUGGUCCCACCGCGAGCUAGUAAGCUAUGAGCUAUUGGCUAUAAAAAUGAACAAAAGAUAAGUACUCCCGUGCAAAUAAAAGAGAC